GCAAAGCGUUUGAGAACGAGAGAAUGAUGAAGCGGAUUGUCAAGCUUGUGGUCCGGCUUUGGCUCUGGCUCGCGCUGUUUGUGCUCCAUGCGCCGCGGCGGGUGGAACACGCACUCCGCAAGGUGCUGGGCCUGGGUGGCGGCGGAGCGGUUCACGAAGGAACAAGCAACCGGGCGCGGCCUGCCGAGCUGGACGAUCCGGUGUACGGCGAGCACGUGACGUCGCGGCGCGGGCUGCACUACGUCAAGGCCGGCGAUGACGAUGCGCCGGUGGCGCUGAUGCUCCACGGCUUCCCCGAGUUCUGGUUUGGGUGGCGGAAGCAGAUUGUGGCGCUGAAGGAGCAGUACCAGACGGUGGCGGUGGACAUGCGCGGGUACAACCUGUCGGUCAAGCCGACGGACGUUUCGGCGUAUGGGAUCGAUGCGCUGGUGAGCGACGUGGCCACUUUUAUCGAAGAAGAGCUGGCCGGGCGGAAGGUUGUCCUUGUUGCGCACGACUGGGGCGGCGUCGUCGCCUGGUUCUUUGCCUAUGCGCAUCCGGAGCUCAUCGAUCGGCUCGUCAUUCUCAACGCACCGCACCCGCGUAGCUUUGUCGUCAAUGCUGACUGGGCACAGAUCAAGAUGAGCUGGUACAUUGGGUUCUUCCAGCUCCCGUACUUGCCAGAGCUGCUGUUGAGUCAGCGCAACUACAAGGGUGUGACGGGCGCGUUCACCUCGCGGACCAUGGGCUACCAGAAGCGCGACGAGCUCAACGACGCGCACCUCGAUGCCUACCGCUACGCAGUCUCGCACCCAGGCGCGCUCGAGUCGAUGAUCAACUACUACCGCCAGAUUCUGGCGGUGCCGUCGCCGCGGCUGCGCGAGGCGCUGCGCGCUCCGCUGCAGAUCCCGGUCCUCAUCAUCUGGGGCACCGAGGACAAGGCGCUCGGGACCCAGCUCCUCGCCGGCAUCGAGCGCUACGUCAAGGACGUCCGCAUCGAGCUCAUCGACGGUGCCUCGCACUGGGUCCAAGUCGAUGCCGCCGACCGCGUCAACGAGCUCAUCCUCGGCUUUGCAUCGUGACCGUGACCGGCGUUGUUGCUAGUAAAAGGCGUGUAGGCAGGG